CUGGGCACCCUGCGUUUCUGUGGCACGACGGAGUUCGCGAGUGGCCAGUGGAUUGGGGUGGAGCUGGACGAGCCGGAGGGCAAGAAUGAUGGAAGCGUUGGAGGAAUACGCUAUUUCAUUUGCCCUCCGAAGCAAGGGGUUUUUGCCUCUGUGUCUAAAAUCGCCAAAGCCACAGACCAGAUGCCGUCAUCGGUGACGUCCACCCCAAAAACCCCCCGCAUGGACUUCUCCCGCAUGACCGGGAAGGGCCGGAAGGACAAGAAAGGUA